CCACAAUCUGGGGCUGAAAGCAAUUUCCUCCCUCAACCUCACUCCAUGCCUCUGCUUGGCUGCUGCUGCUCUCUCUUCCACCUGCUACCAGGAGCUCACUGCUUGGGGAUCCAGCAUUCUGCACCCCCUCUGUGCUCAGGCCCCUUUGCGCCAUGUUGCCCAACGCCACUUUGAGUCCGCUCUGCCCCAUCCUGGAGCAGAUGAGCCACCUGAAGAGCCACAGCAACUCCAGCAUGCGCUACAUAGACCACGUGUCUGUGCUGCUGCACGGGCUGGCAGGGGUGCUGGGCCUGAUGGAGAACGGCCUCAUCCUCUUCCUGGUGGGCUUCCGCAUGCGCCAGACCGUGGUCACCACCUGGGUGCUACAUCUGGCGAUGUCCGACCUGUUGGCCGCCGCCUCCCUGCCCUUCUUCACCUACUUCCUGGCCGUGGGCCACUCGUGGGAGUUGGGCACCACCUUCUGCAAGCUGCACUCCUCCGUCUUCUUCCUCAACAUGUUCGCCAGCGGCUUCCUGCUCAGCGCCAUCAGCCUGGACCGCUGCCUGCAGGUGGUGCGGCCAGUGUGGGCGCAGAACCACCGCACGGUGGCCGCCGCACACAGACUCUGCCUGGUGCUGUGGGCCCUGGCAGUGCUCAACACUGUGCCCUAUUUUGUUUUCCGCGACACCAUCCCGAGGCGCGACGGGCGCAUCAUGUGCUACUACAAUGUACUGCUCCUGAGCCCCGGGACGGAUCGCGAUGCUACGUGCAACAGGCGUCAGAUGGCCCUGGCAGUCAGCAAGUUCUUGCUGGCCUUUCUGGUGCCGCUGGUCAUCAUCGCCUCCAGCCACGUGGCCGUGAGUAUGCAACUGCGCCACCGCGGCCGCCGGCGGCCUGGCCGCUUCGUGCGCCUGGUGGCGGCCGUCGUGGUGGCCUUUGCGCUCUGCUGGGGACCCUACCACGUCUUCAGCCUGUUGGAGGCGCGGGCGCAUACGGUGCCAGCGCUGCGGCCCCUCGCCUGGCGCGGGCUGCCCUUCGUCACCAGCCUGGCCUUUUUCAACAGCGUGGUCAACCCGUUGCUGUACGUGCUCACCUGCCCUGACGUGCUGCGCAAGCUGCGGCAGUCGCUGCGCACCGUGCUAGAGAGCGUGCUGCAGGACGACACCGACCUGGACUCGGACUCCCGCCGCCGCCGUCGCCGCGCCUCCUCCACCGCCAUCUCGGCUUACUCCUCUUCCUCCUCCUCGCUGCGCAGCCGCCUACCGUCCCCGCUCUGCCCCACGUGCUUCCCUGGCUUGUGGAGGGGCGGCCGCGCAGCGACCUCGGAAAAGGACCAGGAACACUUCAGCAACUAGAUGGGCUCUCUGAACUUGGCACUGAACUGGUCUGAUUAGAACCCCUGGGGCAUCGCCUUUGAAAUGUAAGACCUCCAAGCAGCAGCCUGGAAUCUGCAUUUUGAUGUCACUCAGCUGGUUGGAGACAACCUCAUAGCAGCUGUUCCUAAAACUAUGCCAGGAAGCCUUAGAUUUUGUUUGGCUUGGCAGAGCAGGCUGCAGGCCUGAGGCCAAGUGAGUCCUCCUCUGCCCAGGAAUGUCUGGGAUGCACCGCAGGAACCAUCGGGCC